AACAAAAGACGUAGUUGGUCGUCCCACAGCGCAGUAUCGUUAAAAACUCUGAAAGCAACACAUCAUUCUAGUGCAAAGUUGAGUAAUUCCUGCUUUAGUGAAAAGAACAUCUCUGAACAAUGAAGUUCCAGUACAAGGAAGAGCAUCCCUUCGAGAAGCGAAAGGCCGAGGGUGAUAAAAUUCGCCGUAAAUAUCCGGACCGUGUGCCAGUUAUUGUCGAAAAGGCCCCUAAAGCGCGCAUUGGUGACUUGGACAAAAAGAAGUACUUGGUGCCAUCCGACUUGACGGUUGGUCAGUUUUACUUCUUAAUCCGCAAGCGGAUCCACCUGAGGCCAGAAGAUGCAUUGUUUUUCUUCGUUAAUAACGUAAUUCCACCAACAUCUGCUACCAUGGAUCUCUAUCAGGAACACCACGAGGAGGACUAUUUUCUGUACAUCGCCUAUUCCGACGAGAACGUGUACGGAUCCCAUUAAAUGAGCUAAUCUAUGUAUAUGACUUCGAUUUUAUAAAUAUUCUUCAAAUCCCACAUUCAAAUGUCCAAAAGUGUUACAAUGCAUCGUUUAUGAUAUGAGAAAAUAUUUCCUCGUUCAUGGUUGCCUGUUUGUUUCAAUCGCACCAUUAUCUGUAAUAAAAAAAACAAAGGUUGAUCGGUAGAAGUCAAAGUUGUCCCGGACAUCCUAUGUGGCAGCCAGAUUGAUUGUACGGGGUUGGUUUUGCUGUUUUGAAAAGGGAAAUGUUUGUAUUUGAACGUACAAAUUCUUUUGUCUAACAGUGUUGACAUUAACGUCGUGCAUGAAUCAUUGGAUUACAAAUUAUAUCUUCGUAUCAAUCUUCAAAAUGAUAAAAAAAAAUCUGGUAAAAAAAUGUGAAAACUGUAAUUAACCGAAGUCUAAAAUUAUGGUGAUUAUUUUAUAAACUGUAUUCUUUUUCCUUGAAUGUAUAUCAACUCUAAAUAAAUUAUUUAUCUUAAGUAGGGA